CGCGGUGGGCGCCGGCAGCAGAGGGAACCAGUUCCUCAUGUGGGUCAUUCGCUCCUUCAAGUGCAGAGUGAAGGCAAAGCUCUUUCAUGCUCAGACCAACCAGGAGACGGCCUUUUUUGACACCGCAAAGAUAGUGUCCCCUCCGGGCGCAGGUGAACCCACCUCCUUGCUUUCCAAAGACAUCCCCCUGAUGGCUGAAACGGUUUGUCUGGACAUCAACAUUCUGCUGAGGACGCUCAUCCAGACGGCGUACACCAUGGUGAACCUCUCAUGGAUGCUAACAUGUUUAGUGCUCUUGGAGGUCCCCAUCACGGGCCUCAUCCAGACCAUCUCCAACAAACAGCACCAGGUUGACUCCAUGUCCGCGGCAAACGAGACGGCUAAUGAGAUCAUCUUGGCCGUUCCGACGCCGAGCUUCAACGCUGAGAAACACGAGGCCCGUCACUAUGACGACCGGCUGAUGGACACGCACGGGGUCAAGACCCAGCGGGACACUGUCAGGAUCAUGUCCCUUCUGGCUGACAGGCAGGUCCCAGGCAACAACACCACCACCACCAACAACCGUCACCGGACCAGCCCCAGACGUCACACCCCGCAGAGACAUCCAUUGGGAGAGCACAUUUGCCUCUUGCGAGUCCUUUCUCUGAAAGCGCACCCAAUUCGGUCCGCCUGUGUCUAGGACUUCUCCCUGGAGGUGCCAGCGGGUCAGACGACGGCGCUGGUCGGUGCGUCUGGAGAGGGAAAGAGCACCUGCGCCACUCUGCUGAAAUGCUUGUAUGAGCCGCAGGACGGAGAAAUCCUGCUGGACCAUGCCGAGCUGGGAUCGUAAGACGGCUGCUAUCUCAGCAAGAAGAUUGCGGUGGUCAGCCAAGAGCCGGUACUCUUCCGCGGUUCCGUCAGACACAAUAUCGCCGAAGGCUUGGAGGACUGCUCCCUGGACGCCAUCCAGGAAGCGGCGCGGCAGGCCAACGCUCACGACUUCAUCUCACGGCUGGAGAAGGGCUACGACACGGAGGUCGGUGAGGGGGGCGGCCUGCUGUCCAAGAGCGAGCGGCAACGCGUGGCCAUCGCCCGAGCGCUGGUCAGACGGCCGUGGGUCCUCAUCCUGGACGAAGUCACCAGCUCCCUGGAUGAGCCCAGCGAACGCAAGGUGCCAGUCCGACGGGGCUCGAAUAGCGAGAGUUCUUGAUCCGGGAACCUCGCAGCCCUCAGCUCCAGCUCAAACUCAUCUUACGACGCUGAAUGCAACCUCAAC